AUGGCGCGGCAAGUACUGCUGUUUAUUUGGUUUCUCUCUCUCAGUUCAGCUCUCGGGCAGGUCAGUUACUCCAUUCCUGAGGAAAUGGCGAAAGGCUCUUUAGUCGGUAACAUAGCGCAGGAUUUGGGUUUAGAUUUAAAGAGGCUGAAAUCGGGUAAAGCCCGUAUUUAUACAGGAGACAGCGCUGAAUACAUCGAGCUGAAUAAAGAAAGAGGAGUCCUCCUUAUCAAAGAGAGAAUAGACCGAGAGGCGCUAUGCGGACAGACAACGCCUUGCGCACUACAUUUUCAGAUUAUUCUUGAAAAUCCUAUCGAAUUUUACCACAUCACUGCUGAGGUAACCGAUAUCAAUGAUAAUGCCCCUUAUUUCAGUAAGCCAGAAACCUAUUUUGAAAUUAGUGAAUCUGCCGUAAAUGGGGCGAAAUUUUAUAUAGAGCAAGCCGUGGAUCUAGAUGUUGGGACGAAUGAUAUCCAAAGCUACGCACUUUCAUCUAGCGAACAUUUUGCAUUAAAACUGCAUAGUCAGGCAGAUGGUAGGAAAGCGGUUGAGAUGGUCUUACAAAAACCUCUAGAUCGAGAGAAACAGGAACAUAUUGCUUUAGUUUUGACAGCAGUUGAUGGAGGUGAUCCGCAUCUUUCUGGAACAUCACAGAUACGUAUUAAAGUGCUUGAUGUAAAUGACAAUGCACCUGUUUUCACACAUUCUGUAUAUAAAGCCACUGUCACAGAGAAUUCGCCGAAAGGGACUGUCGUCAUGAGAGUCGAAGCCUCUGAUGCGGAUCAGAGCACAAACGGUAAAAUUGUUUACUCAGUUACCAAUACUCACGACGGUGUCCCUGAAACGUUUGAAAUAAACAGUCAAAAUGGUGAAUUGAGAAUAGUUGGUGUUAUCGAUUACGAAAAAGCCAGACACUAUCAGAUUAAUGUUAGAGCGAGUGAUCAUGGUGGUCUAUCAGAUUCAAGUAAAAUAAUGAUCGACGUUUUAGAUGUCAAUGAUAAUAAACCAGUAAUCAAUAUUAUGUCAAAGUCAGCUAUGCUAUCAGAAGAUUUUAAACCUGGCACUGUUGUUACUGUUAUAAACACACAAGACUUGGAUUCUAAUGAUAAUGGCAAGGUACAGUGCUUUAUUAAUGAAAAUUAUCCAUUCGCUUUAAUGACGACCACUUCUAAUUUCUUCAGUUUAGUCACAGAUGGUGAUUUAGAUCGGGAGAGAGAGUCUGAGUAUAACAUCAGCGUGACGUGCGCUGAUGAGGGCGUGCCCUCUCUCUCCAGCAGCGUCACUCUCUCCUUACAGAUAUCAGAUGUGAAUGAUAACGCGCCUGUCUUUGACAAGAGCUCAUAUGAGGCCUCUGUUCAAGAAAACAACACACCGGGUCUUUCCAUAUUCACCGUCAGAGCCAGAGACGCAGAUUUUAACCAGAAUGCCCGUGUGUCUUACAUACUGGAGGACUCGUCGGUUAACGGAGUGCCCGUCUCCUCGUUGGUGUCCGUUAGUGCUGAUAGUGGAGUCAUACAUGUAGUGCGAUCUUUCGAUUACGAGCAGAUCAAAGAUUUUCAGUUCUGCGUAAAAGCGCAAGACGGAGGUUCCCCUCCUCUCAGCAGCAACGUGAGUGUGAAAAUAAUUAUUCAGGACCAGAAUGACAACGCGCCUCAGGUUCUGUAUCCGGUCCAGUCUGGUGCUUCUGUGGUGGCUGAAAUAGUGCCUCGUUCGGCAGAUGUGGGUUAUCUGGUCACUAAAGUGGUGGCUGUUGAUGUGGACUCUGGACAGAAUGCCUGGCUCUCAUAUAAACUGCAGAAAGCCACAGACAGGGCGCUGUUUGAAGUGGGCUUACAGAAUGGAGAAAUAAGAACUGUACGUCAAGUGACAGAUAAAGAUGCUGUGAAACAAAGGCUCACUGUUGUAGUGGAGGACAACGGGCAGCCCUCUCGUUCAGCUACAGUCAAUGUGAACGUGGCGGUGGCGGACAGCUUCCCUGAAGUGCUCUCGGAGUUCACUGACUUUACGCACGACAAGGAAUACAACGACAACCUGACUUUUUAUCUGGUCUUGGCCUUGGCUGUAGUUUCCUUUCUCUUUAUCGUGUCUAUCAUAGCCAUACUGUCAGUCAAAUGCUACAGAUGGAGACGUGAGAGGAUGUAUUACAAAUCUGGAGCGAAUCUGCCAGUUAUUCCGUAUUAUCCGCCUCUUUACGCAGACGUAGGGGGCACAGGAACUUUACAGCACGUGUACAAUUAUGAGGUUUGCAGAACCACUGACUCCAGAAAGAGUGAUCUGAAAUACGUCAGACCUUGCAGUGAGAGCAUCAUUAGUCUGGACACCAGUGGAACACAGACACUCCCGCAUGCGCAGAGAGACAAACUGACCAGUGAAGAGUUCCAUGAUCAGGUGAGGUUUCCUAUUUAA